GCUGUGAUCAAUGAUUUGCAUUGCUGCAUCUGCAUGGGGAUCCAUGAUUUUCAAAGAAACCAAACAACCUCGCGUGCCAUAUUAUUUCUUUAUCAUUUCAUUGUUUUCUUCAAAUUUUCGGACCCAUUUUUGGUACUUCUUUGCGCGUGUCCUUUCUUGCUCUGCAUGUACACCUUUUCUCUCUCCCCAUUCUGUGAAAGUGUGAAGAAAAUCUUUCAGUUUUUUGAGAUUCCCUUUCCCGGUUCUCACCCCUUUCCCAAACACCCAAAAUAACAAUAAAAAAAAAAACACACAUAACAAUAAUAAACAAUGAGUGACUUUCUCGCGUUUAAUAGAAAGCUAACACGCACGUAUAUUCACUCAAGUUUCAAACUUUCAAAUGUCAGAGAGACAGAAGAUGGUGCCAACCAGCACUGAACUCCAACCUUGUAACCUUGUACUGUUCCUCAUUGCUCCUCCAACCACACUUCCACUUUCUGAUUUUGUAAAUUGGUUACUUGUUUGUUGAAGCAAGGAUCACUGUUGGAUAGAUUUGUAUGAGUUCAAGUUUUGAUCUUUUACCAUGGAAUGCUCAGAGACCAAGCCUGUGAAACCCAACUCAAGUAAUAUAUCAGAAAUGGUUUGCAAAUUUGCCAAAGUUUGUAAAUUGAAGUCUAUUGGGGUUUUCUCCUCUGAAAUCCCCAAUCUCCCUCACUUGCACAGACCCAUUUGCAAUGAGGCCCCUCUGAGUGAAAACAGCAGUGAAGAGAACAGAUGCUGUGACCAGAAAGUGCAUCCCCACCCCAUUGAAGUGCCAGCCAAAGAGGAUGCUUGUGCUGUUUUGGAGGUCACGAGGAAGAUAUUUGAUGCUGUUUCGGCACUGAAAUUGUCAUAUCUUCAGCUUCAGCAGGCUCAUAUCCCUUAUGACCCUCAGAAGAUUGUUGCAGCUGAUGACCUCGUUGUUGCUGAGCUUGAGAAGCUUUGCAAGUUCAAGCGCGAAUACACACAGAAGCAAUGCAAGAAAACAAGGUUCAGAGCCGCUCGCUCAGAUCCCUUAAUGGCUGAGAUUGUGGCCAAAGAGGCACUUUUGGGGAAGCUUAAGUCUCAGAACAGUGCCAAAGAUUCCGAGAUUUCACGGUUGUGGCGGGAGCUGCUGGAUUUGGAGAUAGGGAAUAAAAAUCUGACUGAGAAGAUCAAGCAGAUAAGUUUGGAGAAAAGGAGAGCACAUGUUUUGAGUGAUACUAAGUUUCAGGAUGUCUUCAAGGCUGCUUCAAAGUCUAUCCAUGAUUUUGCGAAACCGUUGAUUAGCCUGAUGAAAGCUUCGGGUUGGGACCUUGAUAAGGCCGCAAACUCCAUUGAGAAUGGUGCUGUUUAUUCCAAAAGGUGUGACAAGAAGUAUGCUUUUGAGGCCUACAUUGCGCGCAGAAUGUUUCAUGGGAUCACAUUAACCUCUUGUAAUGUGAGUGAUAUCAUGAAGUUUGAUGACCCUUUUGAUGCACUGAUGGAGAAUCCUCAUUCAGAUUUUGCCAAAUUUUGUCAAGCAAAGUACCUUCUUGUUGUUCAUCCGAAAAUGGAAGAGUCGUUCUUUGGCAAUUUGGAUCAUCGAACGUUCAUAGUGAGUGGCAAGCACCCUAGAACUGAGUUUUAUCAGUUGUUUGCAAAAAUGGCAAAAUGUGUUUGGGUUUUACUCGGAUCUGCGGUUGCAAUAGAUCCUGAAGCAACCCUGUUUUCUGUGAGCAGAGGAAGUAUGUUCUCCAGCUUGUACAUGGAAUCUGUUGAGGAAGAAAAGGAGAGUGCAGUUCUUUCAGAUGAAGAAAGAGAAACCUGCAAAGUUCAGUUUAUGAUCAUGCCGGGGUUUCAAAUUGGAAAGAUGGUGGUGAAAUCUCGAGUUUAUAUCUCAAAACAUUCUUCAAGCUAAAUGGUGCCCCUUUUAACUGGUAAAUCAGCUAACAGAACCGCAUAAUUUUGUACUCGAGUUCUUUCAAUGGUACCUUAGCUAGUCAAGAUAAUGAUGACUCCUAGGUUAUGGUAGUACCUUAAGCCACCAGUUCUGUUUGUAAUUUUUCCUAUUAAUUAGAGACCUGAUAUAUCUAGUAGUUACAGUGGUUUUAAAUUUCUUUCUGCACUGUAUUUUCUUUUUUACCUACCAAAUUUCUCUAUAAAAUGUAAAUAGGUGUGCAACUAAAACUGCCUUUCGUGAAUGCACUUUAUUUUAUUCCGUACUCAUCACUCAUCAAUGGUGGAACAAAUUAUUCUUGGCUUGUAUGUAAUUAAUCACCCU